UUGUUUCAAACAGAGAGAACACAGAAUAAACUCUUCAGUAUGAAACUUUCCAUCAGAAUUUUUCUUUUCUGUCUGCUCUGUGGAGCUUUAUCAGCAGCUUGGGACUCUAACAGGAACAUUCAGCCUGCAGCCGGCACCUUCGGACACCAGAAACAAGACCAGCCUGAAGGCCAGGAACCACCAGAUGUCCUCCAGGAGAAGCAGUCUUUCCGAGAACCGUUGUCUUGGAGGUAUCCAGACCCUCCGCCUGAGGAGGAGCCUCGGUUUCCUCCAGACUUUGAGCUGAAGGCUCCAGUGGCACCUGAUAGUGUCAGCGCCGUCUGCGGGGAAAACUCUGUCCGGGUGGAGGCCAAGAUGGACUUGCUGGGGAUUGGUAAACCUGUCCUGGCUGCAGACGUCACACUCGGAGGAUGUCCUGCCACAGGGGAGGAUCCCGAAGCUCAGGUCCUGAUCUUUGAGUCAGAGCUGCACGGAUGUGGAAGCCAGCUGCUGAUGUCAGAGGACUCAUUCAUCUACGCCUUUACAUUGCAUUACACCCCCAGUCCUCUGGGGGACAGUCAAAUCAUCCGAACCAGAGACGUCACAGUCAGCAUCCAGUGUCACUACCAGAGGAAGCAUGAUGUGAGCAGCGGGCUGUUGAAGCCGAUCUGGAGGCCGCUCAGUGUCACUAAAGCUUCAGAGGAAAGUCUCUACUUCUCCAUCAAACUCAUGACUGAUGAUUGGCAGUCCCCUCGUCCGUCCACUCAGUUCCUGCUGGGAGACAUGAUGAAGUUUGAAGUUUCAGUCAGACAGUUUCAUCACAUCCCUCUCAAAGUGACGGUGGACAGCUGCGUCGCCACUGUGGUCCCAAACAUCGACACCGUCCCUCGAUACGCCUUCCUGGGGAACAACGGGUGCCUGUUUGACAGUCAGCUGACACACUCCAGCUCUCAGUUCCUGCCUCGGUCUCAGGAUGACAAAUUGCAGUUUGAGGUGGAGGCGUUCAGGUUCCAGCAGGAUGACAGUGGUGUGAUCUACAUCACCUGUAGUGUGAAAGCCACAGCAGCUUCUGCAGCUGUUGAUGCCACCAAUAAGGCCUGUUCGUUCUCCAACGGUUGGAGGGAGGCCAGUGGCAGCCAUCAGGUGUGUACCUGCUGUGAUACAGACUGUGGGUCAGGAAGCCAUAAUCAACUGGCUGGUACAGGUUCUCAGUGGGAACAGGAGACAUCUGUGGGACCAAUCACAGUGAAGGAGAGACCUCUACAGUGAAAAAAAAAAAAAAGAACUUUACAAAUAAAAUAUAAGGUCUUUCUACUCUUGA